AGGGAAUUAGGGGUUACCUAUGAGGGUGCUUUGGGUACUUGGAAGCUAUUAACUUGUAGUCUUUGGAUUCACUUCCCUUCUCUACCAAAGCUCUCUAGCACUCUUUUGCUCUCUCUGGGACUCGCUGACACUCUUCCUUCCGUUCCACUAUUAUUGUUUAUGCAAUGGCCUCAAGUGCUUCAAGGUUCAUCAAGUGUGUUACAGUUGGUGAUGGGGCUGUUGGGAAGACUUGCAUGCUUAUCUGUUACACAAACAACAAAUUUCCCACUGACUAUAUACCCACUGUUUUUGAUAACUUCAGUGCCAAUGUUGUUGUUGAAGGAAUGACUGUCAAUUUAGGCCUCUGGGAUACAGCAGGGCAAGAGGAUUACAAUAGAUUGAGGCCCUUAAGCUAUAGAGGAGCAGAUGUCUUUGUCUUGGCCUUCUCAUUAGUUAGUCGAGCAAGCUAUGAGAAUGUACUAAAAAAGUGGGUCAUAGAACUUCAGCAUUACACGCCUGGAGUCCCUGUAGUUCUUGUGGGCACUAAAUUGGAUCUCCGUGAAGAUAAGCACUAUUUGGCUGAUCAUCCUGGAUUAGUGCCUGUGACUACGGCACAGGGGGAGGAACUUCGCAAACUGAUUGGUGCUGCUUAUUAUAUUGAAUGCAGCUCUAAAACUCAGCAGAAUGUUAAAGCAGUAUUUGAUUCUGCUAUCAAGGUAGUUAUCAAGCCACCACAGAAACUGAAGGAAAAGAAGAAAAAACCGAGUCGAGAAUGUUCAAUGUUGAAUGUCUUCUGCGGUAGGAACCUCAUGUCUUUCAAGUGAGAUUCAUUUUUUCUUGACGACGCUGUAGCGUUUUACUGCUUUAAUGUGGCAAUUGGAUCUCUCCAGCAUGUUUGGGUAAUGCUUGCCAGAUUGUUGACUGAUUUUCUGUGGAUAAUGCUUCAGUUAGAAGGCAGUUUGUUCUUGGAAUCCUGUCACACAUUGUAUGUAGCCAACUUCCAUUUCUAAUCCUAGUGUUCUAAUCACAGAAGAGCAUGAAUAUCUGACUCAAAUGCUGUCUGUGUGAGAAUUUUGAGCUUUUUAUGGGUUUCUUUUUAUAAAAAUGAAGUGUGCUACAAGUUUCAAA